AAGCUGCCAACAGCAUGUAUAAAACGGACUUGGCAGCUGAAUCUCUCCAGACAGAGUGACCGAUCAUGGCCAGCCGGUGGAGAGACGGCUCUCACAUCCACACGGGAGAUCACGCCAGCGGGCUAAAGACUCCGGGAAUGCACCGGCAACAAAAACCGUCCAGAGAGACCGAGGACACGGCGGAAUCGGCGCGGGAGCUACCGCGAUGGAUGCGGCUUUAUUUCUACGGGAUGCACGGAGUGACGCUGGAUGUCCUGCUCUCAGCGGUGCAGGGGGUUCUGCAUGACCGGGACCCCAAACUGGUGGGCUUUUCCUCUCCGUACCUUUGCAUCAUGCAUUCACUAACCCACUUCGCGUUGGAGAAGAUCUACUCACAGAAGAGGUGUUUCCGAGGUCGGCCUGUGGUUUUUCAUCUCGUUUUCUAUCCGUCCGUCUACAUUGGGCUGCAGAUCCUGAUCGGGAACGUCAACACUUUGACCGAGCAGGUGAGAGUGGUUUCAGGGACGCAGCUUGCGGUGCACUAUAUCCUAGCUCUCUAUUUCGCCCAGGUGUUUCACAGGGGGCUGUCGCGGCUGCAGUACCAUCCCUCCGGGCCCGCUGACCCCCAAAUCAACCCCCUGCAGGAGGACAGCGAUCCCCGGGGGCGUCCUUGCGGUCUCCCCGGCCUGGUGCGGUUCCUGUUUUUCGGCAUGCACGGCUUUCUCGACGAGGUGGUUUUCACGUCGUUAUUCAACCUGGUGGAGAAGUCAGACCGGACACUCAGUGGCCACACGUCCCUGUGGUCUUUCCUGAUGUAUGGGAGCUGCAGUUUCGUGGUGGAGAAGCUCUACCUCCACUUGCACUUCAGGAGAGGCUGGGGGACGUGGCGGCGGCUCCCCAUCUACAUCUGCUUCAUUUACGCGUGGGAGCUGUGCUGGGGCCUGGGCCUCCGGCAGUUCAACGCCUGCUCCUGGGACUAUUCCCACUAUCCCCACAACUUCAUGGGACUCAUCACCCUCCUCUACCUGCCCGGAUGGAUGUGCUUGAGUCUGUAUCAGGACGUGCUGUCCAAUGUCCUGCUGAAAAUCAAUUUGUAGGUUAUAAACUUUCCCAUGCCCAGGUGACUUGAAUGCAGUGAAUGACCCUCAUCUGAGUCUCCAGCUCUACAAAGCCUGAUAGUUAUGGGUCCAGGACUACAAAGAGACAAACAGAACUAACACAGACCCUGAUUCUAUACCUAACCUGCCUGGUUUUUAGGUCAUAUCAGUUAUCCUACUGCCAUUUUUAUAUGUCUGGUGUAAAAUAUCAUAUUGUGAUUUUAGAAGUGUGAACAUGAUUCACAUUUUUAAUGAACUCCGUGGCAGGCUAAUCAUUAUAUAUGUUACAUGCAUUGUGGCACGUCUAGUUUGUCUUUUACAUAUGCAUUGGCAUGCUUUUACCGUAGCUCAUAUCUGCAUGUUAAUCAAAGAGAGAAAAUACCAAAAAGGAAGGUUUUUGUUCCAAAAGGUGAUAUAUCCAUUUCCAAAAAAUGUUGCUGCCUGAAAUGCAGAAGUCAGUAUUUUUAAGGUAACUAAUCUUAUUUUGUGGGCUUUUUCCAUGCUGGCAAUUAAUGUGUCAGAGUAAAACUUUUUUUUUUCUUCUAAUGGUUGAUUACAUUUUGGAGCAAACUCCCCAUUUUCACUCAAGCACUUAUUUAUAUUAUUAUAAUGACAUUUGAAUAUUGCAUGGUCACUAUGAAGAGCAGACAAUAACCCAGUAACAUGUGUAGCAAGAGACAGCCUCUAGCAGAAUGGAUAUGACAAGCCAAGUGAGAUUUUACUGUGAAUCUUUUAUGAACCAAACUUUACUGUGCUGGAGUGCCUUCCUGUUCAAACUGAGGCAGCUGGACUCAAAGAAACCAAGGCUCUGUGUCCACCAGGUUCCUCUAUUUAUUUAGUGCUGCUGAUAUGCUUGUGGGAAGUGGUCAGCAAGCCUGCCUUUGUUACAUCUGACUAUUAAAACAAAUGUGAACCUGUGAAGCACAGCAGUCUUUUGCUAAAAGUGAUUUCAUCAGCAUCAGACAUCGGCAUUAUAAACAAGGAGACUGGGAAUCCAACACUGUAGGUACCUGGUGGACACACCGCCUAGCUGAUGUGGUUGUUCUUAUGAACGGAUUUGCCUAGUGCUAGACUAAAAACACUGUCAUAAAAUAACCUAUGUUUGUAGAAAUUCAAAACAGUUUGCAAAAUAUUACAUUUAAAGUGUUUAUCAAAGGCUUAUAAUAUACACAAACUGCUGCGUCCAACGCCAACAAACCUAAAAUGUGUUUAGAUAUGAUAAAAUAGUCGGAUACCGCUCCUGUCCCAUCUGCAAGAGGGUUUCAAGUUUCUUCAGUGGUAGAGAAUAGAUGGGCUUCCAGCAUCUGGUUUCUGAACGUUUAAGAGAGAGUAGAGAAACUAAAUUCACCACAAAACACCAAAUCCUAGAAACUGUCCUGGCUGUUUUACUCCUAAUACGCAAUGAAGAGGUUUGGUGUAGGAUGGUAAUCUGGGGAGGAGGGAGGGCAGGCGUUAGUCACAUUUUGUGGAUAUAAAGCACUGAGAUUCAGGAGAAAGCACUUUUGUCAUUACUGUCUUUAUCUUACUGUGAGGGUGUGAAGUCCCGUGUUUCAAGUCUAGUUCCGUCAUAUUCAUUUCUAAAGCACUUUCCUCUGAGCAGGUGUAUCAUAAAGUGCUGGGGCCUAUCUUGUUAAAAGUGUACUAUAAAUAAAUAAUGGACAGGCAUCCUUCCCAGAGUGUGCUGUGCAUCAAGCCUCUCAGAAGUGUCUACAGAAACAGCAGGGAAGCUCUUGCCCACUGGGCCGUUCUGGCUGAAAGAAAGCUUAAUUAAACUUAAUCCCUGAAUCAAGUCCCUGAUAAUGCUUAAUUUGAAGUGCGUUGCUGGGUAUCAAAAGUGCAUUACAAGCGCAUUACAGCGGCAGAGGGAAUAGCUAUUAGCAAGACAUUGCCCUAGAAAAUGUACAACCCCUAAAAAUUUUUACAUACUAUGUGUAUAGCAUAAUAUUUCAUGCUGGAACACUCUGAUCGGGCUCAUAAUGUGUUUUUAAUAUGUUUCCUACUUGUGUUCAUCUCUACGGGGCCAAAGCAUGGCAACCAAUUUGAAUACCUUUCACUGUGACUAUAUGAAUUCUUGUAAAGUUUGUCUGCUCUGCUAGCCUCUCUGAAAGGUAACAAACUGUCAUUUGGAGUGAGGUUGUAAAAGAGACAACUAAGGGACAAAAAAUAGCAUCCUACCCAGGGUAACUGGCGUCACUGUUGAAGUUGGAUUUUAAUUAUUACGUAGGAUCUACAGGUCAUCAGUGAUGUAAUCAGGUGAGCUCAGCACUUAGAACUUAUGUGAAUGCCACUAAAACGGUAAAUGUUGUGCUUUAUUUCUGAUUUGCUUAACACACAGUCGAGUGUAUUUGAAUGACCUUGAAAUGCAUGUUCUGCUAUUGUGAGACGUGAGGAUACGUUGUAAGGGUUAAAAAAAAAAUGCUGCACUUUUAGUGCAGGGCAAAGUAAUUUUUUUUUUUUUUUUUUUUUUUUAUCCAAGUUGACAUAAUAAAUCUACUGUUAUGUACAGUAGGCACAGCAUUUACUGAUUGAGUUUCAUAAAUUGCUUGAUAGUUUGUGGACAUCAUAUUGGUACCAUACUGAUCUCUGUUACACAUUGAUUUUAAGAUAUCAAAAGAUAACAGAAACAUUAAAAAAAAAAAAAAAUGGAUGCUUGUUUUGAGAAUUCACAUUUUUUCUUAGUCUAUGGUGUGAUUGUCUUUAGAAAACACAUUUGGCACAAAUGUUACAAAGAAACUCAUUCUCCUUAAUGAACUCCAUGCACUGUAUUUUUAUUAGACAAAGCAAAGAAUCAAGAAAUUGUUUCAAAAUGUCAGAAUCAUAAAUAUCCAACCUCCCUAAUCCUACCUGUAGUAGGUGUAUUUUAUUUCCAGCUGGUUCUACAAACUUGGCAGCUAAUAUUGAGGUAUGUCUCAGUCAGCACUUGAAUUCUGAACCAUGUCUACAUGUCCAACUUUGAACUUUUUACAACCUGAGGAUUUUCAAUGCCUGCAUAACUGUGAUUUAAUCAUACUUCACUUUUGUGCUGUGCUACUCACCAACAAAAAGACAGAACUGCUUCUCACAGGGUAUGAAAGAACUAAUUCUAAUUUAAGUCAAAAAUGCAUUGGGCGACUUAAUUGCAACUGGAUGUAUUGGAUGUAUGUAUGACUUACAUGUUCAUUAAACCUGAAA